UGGAGUCUAAGCGCCUGAGCAGACCCGGAGGCUUCUGGGAAUUGCAGUCCAAAGCCGGUCCGUCUUCUUUUGCGCAGACUCAAAAGUCUCUACAGAAGGAAGCGUCGAGCCGUGGUACCGCGCCGUCCUUCCACCGGAAGUGUCCGAUCGGAACCAGCCUGUGGGAGAGGUGAGUCCGGGUUUGGGGAACCAGGUGUCCGGCUUUUAGUGCCCUCCAGGUGCCUAGUUCCGACCAAGUUCUCUUCAGGAUUGCAGCAGCCCUGUUGCGACCCGGAGCCGGGGCCUCGGAGGAUUCCCGAGGAAAGGCGGAACUAGGAACGCCUAAAACCAAAUAAGAAGUGGGACUUGUGAUAUUUAUCCCAAGAUGACGACAGAAUCCAAGAAAGCUGCAGUUCAGAACUUUCAGGAGGAUGAAGGACUUUUGAUAGUGAAGAUAGAAGAGGAAGAUUUUGUCUGGAGGCAGGACAUUUGCAUUCAGAGAAGUGAUCCUUUUAGGCAGGAGCUUUGCCGUCAGCUUUUCAGGCAGUUCUGCUACCAGGACUCUUCCGGACCCCAUGACGCACUGAGCCGGCUCCGGGAGCUGUGCUGUCAGUGGCUGAAGCCUGAGACCCACACCAAAGAGCAGAUCCUGGAGCUGCUGGUGCUGGAGCAGUUCCUGACCAUCCUGCCUGGGAAUCUGCAGGCCUGGGUGCGUGAACAUUACCCAGAGAGUGGAGAGGAGGCAGUGAACAUACUGGAAGACUUGCAGAGAGGCACUGAAGAAGCAGCACACCAGGUUUCUGUCCAUGGACAGGGACGAGAAAUAUAUAGGAAAAAGGUAGCACCUCCUGGACCAGUGCUUAGUGACCAGCUGCAGCCAGUGGACACCAAGGAUCUUCAUGUUUCUUCAGAACCCCAGCUUUUACUGGAAUGUGAUAACGAGAGUGAAAACAAUGGAUCCAUAUCAAAACUGGACAUUAAUGAAAAGAUGGAAUCACAGAGAAUUAUAUCAGGAAGAAUCGUGUCAGAAGGGGCCACUGAGCCUCAAGAUAUCUGUAAAUCUACAGGCAGAAUAAAGAACCAAUGGGAAAAAGGACCAAGAGUGUCACGGAGACCAUCAUCUGCUCAGGAUGGAGGUUUUAGUAAAAUCCUCACCCACAAAAAUACACUAACACAUGAAAUAAGUCAUGAUGGAUGUGAAAGAAGCUUAAAUCUGAAUGCAAAUGAACUCAUACACCAGAAGUCUUAUAAACACAGUGCCUAUGACCAAGGUUUCAAAUGGAAUUCAGAUUUUAUUAAGCCUCAAAAAAUUUGUGCUGAAGAAAAAAUUCACCAAUAUGCAAAAUCUGUCAAAAGCCCAAACCUUAUUAAACAUACAGCAAUUUUCAGUGGGGAGAAAACCCAUCAAUGUAAUGAAUGUGGGAAAGCUUUCAGACACAGCUCAAAGCUUAUUAGGCAUCAGAGAAUCCAUACUGGAGAGAGACCCUAUGAAUGUAAUGAGUGUGGGAAAGGCUUUGGGGGAAGCUCAGAUCUGGUUAGACACCAGAGAAUUCACACUGGGGAAAGACCCUUUAAAUGCAAAGAAUGUGGGCGAGCAUUCAGCUUGAAUUCACAUCUUAUUCUGCAUAAGAGAAUUCACACCAGAGAGAAACCCUAUGAAUGUAGAGAGUGUGGGAAAACCUUCAGAGUGAGCUCACACCUUAUUCGACACCUGAGAAUCCACACUGGAGAGAAACCCUAUGAAUGCGGUGAGUGUGGGAGAGCCUUUAGUCAGAGCUCACACCUUAGUCAACAUCAGCGAAUUCACAAGAGGGAAAAUCUACUAAUGUAAAGAACUAAAAUUCAUAUGCAAAUACUAAAGGAAUAGCAAAAUGUGAAAAACACUAAAUAAAAGAUAGAGGUGAGAUAAAUGACAGAAAGACCAAUGUCUCUUCUCUCUCUCUUUCUCUCUCUCUCUCUCUCUCAUAUUCUCAGGCUUGCUGUUUUGUGUAUUGUCUUCAUCUCUGUGUGUCUGGGUGCUUUUUGUGAAACUCAGAAUGUGCCUCUUCCAUUGCCUGCAGAGGACAAACUUACAGAACCAGAAUUUGGGGAGGCUAAUAAAUAUGAUAAUGGAGAUAGGAAAAAUGAUUCUUGGGAAGUAACCAUAAUUACAUUAUGAGGAGAAGAUGAUGAUUCAGGUAAAAAAAAAAACUGAUCAUUAACCCUAGUUAAUGAUGUUCCACAAAAGUCCAUGUGUGACCAGGAGUGGAAUGGCUUGACCAGUGCACUACAGAACAGUGCUUUUUAGAAUGUUCCUUUAAAAAUGAGAUACAUCACAACUACAUUGGUGGCAUUCCCAUCUCUGCACUGGUGGCAUUGUAGUCUAUGUCCAGAGGUCAUCCCAGGAACGCAUAACCAGAAAAGCAUCCAAGGUCAGAGUCCAGAGAUGAAGUGUGGAGUAAAGGUUAAUUAGGCAAGAGUUGAUGUCAGCAGUGAGGAAAGGUAUUUAGAUGGAUUUAAACCUGGGCCUCCCUGGUGGCACAAGGGGUUAAGACGCAACCUAUGAGGCUACCACAGCCACUGCAGCAAGAGUUCAAUCCCUGGCCAGGGAGGUACCCACAUGGCAGAGCAGACCUUUCCUAUCUCCUGCUACUCCCCUCAGCAGUAUAUUUCAGUCGAUCUGCCUGUUCUGUUCCCUACUCUAUCUCUGGUGAAUCCUCUCACACCCCUACACCUCUGACUUGUACCCCAGUUCUUGUAUGUAUAAAUAAAUAAAUCUUGAAAAAAAAAAAACCUUUAAAUUUGGAGGAGGCAGACACAGUAGUAGAACCAGAAUUUUACUGCCACAUAGGCUAUGGAUUUGGGGCACCUUCCUGGGGUGAGUGGAUAGGGACUGAGUUUGGGGGCACUCUUUUAACAGAAAUAGGAAUCACUGGCCUUGUGGAAGCUGCUGAGAGAAUGAGUGCUAAAAAUAAGGUCCUAAAACUUUACUUCAUUGCUGCUGGCUGCUCUUCUCUUCCAGAAAGACUGAGCCCAGAGUGAUUUGGUAUCUUAGAGAACAGUGGAGAGAACGUGCAACAAGGUGAAGCUCGACCCAUGAUUUCAGGAUCUGAAAGUAAAUCCUACUCUACUUGUUCUGUUUGAUGAGGCACAUUUUCACUAAGAUGUGAGAAAUAAAAACUAUAUGAAGCUUAAAUAUUCCAAAGUAUAUGUUUUAAGUGAAAAAUCUAGCUAGAAACAACCCAGAUACUGAGGCAGACAGUAAGGUAAGUAUCCAGCAGAAUUCUUCCAGCAGGUGACCCCAACUGAUGCCUGAUAUCGGACCCCAGCAGGAUCUGACCCAGUCAAAAUCCAGAACCUCAUAAAGAACACAGUGUAUAAAGCAGCCUGAAGAAGCACCCCUUGGGUAUCUCACUCAAGACCCCUCCCCUGUGGGAACUGUUCUUUGCUGUCUAAUACAUCUCUGACUUCUUUCAUACUACUCUGAAUCCUGUGGCUCCAUACUGACGCCUGUGGCAACUGGCUCCAUUCUUUGGAAGCCAAAUUUGUGACAGACUGUAAGAGGGUCCUCAGGAAAAGGGAAGGUUCUAGGUUCCCUGCCCCACCCAAGGGAAGGUGGCGCUGAGCAGGGGAAGAGGAAGUUGGAAAGGAGAGUGGAGAAGGAGAGCAAUGAGGAAUGCUGGAGGAGGCACAUGUUGCAGAGAGACAUGGAAGAAGCUGUGCUUGCUUCUUGGUCCUGGACUGGGUGAAACAGAUGUGGGUGAGAGACCUGUGUGAGGGGUUAACAAUGGCAGCUUUUGUCUUGAUUUUGAUUUUGUUCUUUUCCUUCCAGAUUUGUCUGGUCCCUUCUUCCCCUUUCCUAUGGGUCCCCACCAGAAGGUGCCUUAGACAUGUACCAAGCUUUCGGGCCUCAGUGGCCCUGCUUUGGGCCAACCGUGUUUGGUUGGACAUUUACCCACAAGGAGAUGGGUAACUUUGGGUGCUUGAUUUGGAAACUAUAUUCUUUGUCUUUUCUUUGUUGCAUGCAGUUGUAUUAAAGUUUCUUUCCAUUAAAGGUCUUACACACU